CCCCGAUGCCAACACAUUAACCUACAAUCGAUCUAAGACCACCCUAUGCAGCUACGCAGUUCCGGUUAAACGUCAAAUUCGGGCUGUUUUUCAGCAGUAGAAUACAGACCGGACUGACGGGUCUGCAACAGAAGAGCACCCUUCCAGGGAACAGGCUACAAAAAUGUCUUUCAUAUUUGAUUGGCUGUACAGAGGAUUCAGCAGUGUGUUACAGUUAUUAGGACUCUAUAAAAAGUCUGGGAAAUUAGUAUUUCUUGGAUUAGACAAUGCUGGAAAAACAACAUUAUUGCACAUGCUUAAAGAUGAUCGACUUGGGCAACAUGUUCCAACACUUCACCCUACAUCUGAAGAACUGAGUAUUGCUGGGAUGACUUUCACAACAUUUGACCUGGGUGGACAUGCUCAAGCAAGAAGGGUUUGGAGGAAUUAUCUUCCAGCGAUAAAUGGGAUUGUGUAUCUUGUUGACUGUGCUGACCAUGAACGUCUACUAGAGGCCAAAACUGAGUUGGAUGCCCUCUUAACUGAUGAAACCAUCUCCAAUGUGCCAAUCCUUAUUUUGGGGAAUAAAAUCGACCGUCCAGAAGCAAUUAGUGAGGAUGCGCUGAGAGGAAUGUUUGGUCUUCAUGGACACACCACAGGAAAGGGGAAUGUAUCACUGAAAGAACUGAACCUGAGGCCAAUGGAAGUCUUUAUGUGCAGUGUGUUGAAGAGACAAGGAUAUGGUGAAGGUUUUCGAUGGAUUUCGCAAUAUAUUGAUUAACAUAUUUAAUGUGUUUAUUAAUUAAAAACCUGUGUAUCCUUAUUUAUUAAUUGAUUAUUUAUGAAUUAAUGAAACUAGUAACCAGGGGUGUUAUAUAUAUUAUCUGAGCCUAUAAAAUCCAGUGUGGUGAUAGAGAAGUAUCUGAGAUAUGCAUUAAUUCAAGCUACAGUAGAAAUUACUUACAUAAGUUACAUUUACCUUAGCAAUAUGCUGUUCCCUUUUCUAAAACCAGGGAUAGAAAUAGUUUGCUUUAACAGUUGACUGAGCUGGGUUAUUUUAAGAGUCGGCAUCAAGUUACAGAACACUUUUUUCAAUCCAGUGUGGAUUUGCAUCAGUGAAAGGUAAACAUACCAUUGAACAUUUAAAUCAAGGAUUUUAAUCAGGUGAACAUCACUUGUGCUGUGUAAUUCUGAUGUGAAAUCAUCAGAAGAUAUAGAAUCAGUGUUUUUGUUUUCAUGUUACAUUACCUCAGUGCCUUAAUGUUGGUGUUUUUUUCCCCUAGUUCUGUAUUUGCCACCAGUUCAAAGGAAAAAAACUUCUGAAGUGAUUUAGUGUGCAAUGCCGGUGCCAAUGGAUACAUGCUGGCUUACAAAAUUACCUGAGAUUUAAAAUGAAAUAUUUCUAUCUAAUAUAUAAAAAGUGCAAAUAUUUGAUUUGUAUGUAGUAUUUUGAUACUUUUAAGACUGUGGUUAUGUAGCACUCAGUUUACAUUAGCCUGUUUCAACACUAAACUACCCGACUGUGUAAUGA